GAUAAGACGGGAAAAAAAAUCGAAACUUGAGAAGACCGACUUGUAUAAUAUAUCUUGCCUUUGAAUUCAAUUAAUUACAAGAAUAGCCUCCUGGGAAUAUCCGAAAUUCGCAUCUUUUGGAGCUUCCUCCCGUCCCAAUGGAUGUUGUAGACGGAGGAGUUGAUCGGGGACAAAACCCUAGAGCAACUAUGGAGAGGGAUUCAGAUGAUAAGAUCGCUGAGCCUUCUUGGUUCUCUCCUAAAAAGCUUCUCUUUGUGUUUUGUGUAGUCAACUUGAUAAAUUAUAUAGAUCGAGGAGCUAUCGCAAGUAACGGUGUGAAUGGGAGUCUUGGUACUUGCACCUCGACUGGUACAUGUUCAGCUGGCAGCGGAAUACAGGGGGAUUUCAACUUGAGCAAUUUUCAAGAUGGAGUUUUGUCUUCUGCUUUCAUGGUUGGCCUUCUUGUCGCCUCUCCUAUCUUUGCUUCUGUAGCCAAGAGUGUUAACCCGUUUAGACUUAUUGGAAUUGGAUUAUCCAUCUGGACUCUGGCUGUGGUUGGCUGCGGUUUAUCCUUUGAUUUCUGGUCCAUCACAUUCUGUCGAAUGUUUGUUGGUGUUGGUGAGGCAUCAUUUGUAAGCCUUGCUGCCCCAUUUAUCGACGAUAAUGCCCCUCAAGCUCAGAAAUCAGCGUGGCUUGCUAUGUUCUACAUGUGUAUUCCGACAGGAUAUGCUCUUGGCUAUGUAUAUGGUGGACUGGUGGGGAGUGUUCUUCCGUGGCGUGCUGCAUUUUGGGGAGAAGCUAUCCUUAUGCUUCCUUUUGCUGUUCUAGGUUUUGUUAUCAAACCCUUGCAUCUGAAAGGUGCGUCUUCCAAGUUACAAAACACACACACUAUGUUGCUCAUAGACUUGAACCUAUUUCUUAUGAGUCUUCUUGUUUGGUUACCUUCAGGUUUCGCUCCAGAUGAUAAAGGAAAAAACCGGACAGAUAACUUAAACGUUUUACCAACUGGUUAUGGGUUCUCAGCUGUCUUGAAAGACUUGAAACUGCUUUUGGUAGAUAAGGUUUAUGUUACAAACAUUCUCGGGUAUAUUGCUUACAACUUUGUCUUAGGCGCAUAUUCUUAUUGGGGUCCAAAGGCUGGUUAUAACAUAUACAAGAUGGAAAACGCUGAUAUGAUAUUUGGAGGGAUUACAGUUAUCUGCGGAAUCGUUGGCACAUUGUCUGGAGGAGUUGUCUUAGAUUUCAUGGAUGCUACAAUCUCAAAUGCUUUCAAGCUACUAUCGGUUUCAACAUUUAUAGGAGGGUUGUUCUGCUUUGCUGCUUUCUGUUUCAAGAGCAUGUAUGCCUUUCUAGCUCUUUUUGCUGUUGGUGAACUUCUCGUCUUUGCCACUCAGGGUCCUGUGAAUUUCAUAGUUCUCCACUGUGUCAAACCAAGUCUGAGACCACUUGCAAUGGCCAUGUCUACUGUCUCUAUACAUAUCUUUGGAGAUGUUCCUUCCUCACCACUCGUUGGAGUUCUUCAGGACUAUGUGAACAAUUGGAGAGUGACUGCUCUUGUUCUUACGUUUGUUCUCUUUCCAGCUGCUGCUAUUUGGUUCAUAGGGAUCUUCCUAAACAGUGUGGAUCGUUAUAACGAAGAUUCGGAGCCUGAUGCAGUGACCAGAGAAUCAGCCAUUGCACCCCUUCUCGAGGAAGCAUGAGAGAACAACAAAAUACAAACUAACAAUGUCACAAUGUACUAAGAAUCAAUCUAUGUAAUGAUUUAUUCAUCUCUUUCUCUAUUUUCUUGUACAAAGAUAUGUACUUAAACAUAAACAGUUACCUUCAUGUUGUAUAUUACCUCUUGUUCUUUUGUUAUG